AGUUUGCCAUCCACGGUCCACCAGCUCACGUUAGCAUUUCUCAGCCUCUCCUCCUUGAGACUUUAAAUCCUCCAGAUUUUGACACGUGCCACGAGAAUUCUCUCCCGCCUCGCAAAUCUAUCCGUUAACCCUAAUCUAUCAUCUCUCUUUCUCUUUCUUUCUCUCUCUUCUGGAGGUCUCUGCAACUCUUCUCUCUCUUCCAUUGAAGGAGAGCAAGAUAAGGAAAACAAGGAAACGAAUUUGUUUUUCCUUUUUCUUUAUAUAUAAAAGAAGAGAGGGUAAAUGGGGAAACUACUAUGUGAUUCCACGGCCGUUGCGGAAACGACAUUUCAACCUUCGUCGCCGGCCAUCCAUUGGAGAGACACCAACGGGGCUUCUCUUGAAGCCGUUGAUCUUGUAUCGACCACAAAUACAACCACGUGGGAUGAUGUGAUUGGUCUAGAAGAUCAGCAGAGACGCCAUUUACAGAAACUCCAAGCCAAAGGCGUGCUCUGGAAGCACCCUGGGGAUGGUGAUAACGACUCUGCUUCUUCGUCUCCUCCAAGAUCGGUGGUUUUCAGGUUAUCUCAUGGGGGAGAGGUGUCGGCGGACGGGAACUGCCUGUUUACCGCGUCGCAGAGAGCGAUGAUGGCCCGUGAGAUGGACGCGCGGGAGCUGAGGAGGCGGACGGUCCGGCGGUUCUCGGAGGACUUUGGAUCCGCGCAUGAAGAAGACAAAGAAAAGAUAAAUGAUGCUGUUAAACACAUGUAUUCGCCGGAUCUGAAAAGCGGGUGGGGGAUUCAUGUGGUCCAAGAGGUCAAGCUGUUGGCCAAGAAGGAGGAUCGUGUAACUUUGGAUUCGGCGAUCGAAGAGCUAGUUCAGCUUGGGAUGCAAAGGACACAUAUUGUUUCUAAUUUAGCCUUUUCUUGUUCUGCUAAUACAAUUAAGGUGCAAGCACAUGGAUCUGAUGCGAUGGUUGAUGAAGACAAUUGUGUUUUCUUCCUCCCACACCGCCCAAGGAGUGAAAUUUGUGAACUUCCCUUCUUUCUAUUUAUGAAAGGAACAGGUUGGUGUGGUGCUGGAGCAGAUCAUUACGAGCCAUUGAUUGCGCAUCCUUCUUCUCUUGUUUCCAAUGAAAAGGUUGCUGUAGUACUUUGAGGGCAUUGUCCUGUAGUUUUGUGGCUUAGAGAGAUUGAACAGAAGUAGUUUUAUUUUUUUCCCCCUCAUACAAAAUUCAAUUAUCCAAUGUUGUUAGCCUGAUUCUUUUUCGGAUCAGGAGGAUAAUUUUUUCUUUUCAAAUUGAGGUCAUGUAGGAUUGAUCAUUUUGACACUAGAUUUGCAGGUUUGUUUUCUGCAACUGAGGCAGUCUUGUAGCAUUAGUAAUGGUUUUGCCGGCUUCGAUUAUUGUUGGUGUUGAGUUUUUUUGAGGGUGCUUGAGUUGUCUUAGGGUACUAUUCUAUCCAAGCUGGAAUAGCACCAUUCUGUUGUAUCCUGAUCUGGAUUAAUUACAUUCAGCUAUAGAUUCUAGAAGUGAAUUCUUGUUCAUUUUCAUUGUUUGAUGGAUUUGUUCAAUAAAAAUUCAUCUAUACAGUUUUGUAA